AUGUCGGUCACCAACGCCAAGGGCUCGAGCGACGUCCCGCAGUGGGCGACGGACCGAGCUCGCCAGAUCGUGCAGCCCGGCGAGAACAUCCUCGGGAUUUAUGUCGUAUCCGAUGAGAAUCGCAAGAACGCGGUCAAGCAGCCGAUGGCGUGCUUCUUGGCGAUGCCGUGUUUCUGGCCCCAUGCCCUACUCAUGUCGCCUUGCCUCUACGCCGCCUGUCAAUCUGGCAACAAGAUUCUCAAGAGCACCGUGAUUGUCAGCCUGCCUCUGGGCCACCCGCUCGCCACUGCGGGCGGCCAAAACUCGUCUGAGCACCGCAGCGGCAUACCGAACAUGCACAUGCAGAUGCUCGUGGACAAUCCGCAGGAGGUGAUCCAGCUGUUGCGCUCGGCCAAGGAUGCGCUGAUGUCGGCGCCGCAGCAGGUCGUCGUGACCACCGCGAUGCCGAUCGCUCCAAUGGAGAUGGGACACGACGACCCAACCGAGCAGCUGGCCAAGCUCAAGAAACUACUCGACGCGGGCGCGAUCACCGAGGAGGAGUACGAGGAGAAGCGCAAGCCUUACGUCGACCGACUCUGA